CCUUUCUUAAUACUAGAAAGCCCCGCGACUCAAAACGCACAGCAUCAUUUGAAACACUUGAACAACAUGGCCACGCCACCGCCCGGAGCGAUCUUCGAGGGGGCGCCACCGGUGGCGCCACAACCUCCGGGCACGGACAUGACGGGGAUCUGCUUUAGGGACCAACUGUGGUUGAACUCGUACCCACUUGAUCGCAACAUGGUCUUUGAUUACUUCGCUUUGUCGCCGUUUUACGAUUGGACUUGCAACAACGAGCAGCUCAGAAUGCGCUCCAUUCACCCGCUUGAUAUUUCUCAGCUCUCGAAAAUGACAGGCAUGGAAUACAUCCUGAACGACGUUAUGGAGCCCCACCUCUUUGUUAUUCGUAAGCAAAAGAGAGAUAGUCCUGAGAAAGUCACCCCGAUGCUUACUUAUUAUAUAUUGGAUGGUUCAAUAUACCAAUCACCACAGCUUUGCAAUGUCUUCGCAGCUAGAAUUGGAAGGGCUCUCUAUUAUAUAGAGAAGGCUUUUACUACUGCUGCCUCAAAGUUGGAGAAGAUUGGAUAUGUUGAUAAUGAAAAUGAGGGUGCAUCUUUGGACUCCAAGGCUGGUAAAGAGACGAUUGACUUUAAAGAAGUCAAGCGAGUAGAUCAUAUUCUUGCCAACUUACAGCGAAAGUUACAACCAGCGCCUCCACCUCCACCAUUCCCUGAUGGUUAUGCUCCACCUGCAACGGCAGAAGCCGAGAAGGGUCCUGAAACCCAGCAAACAGGAGAAACACAACUUCCUGCUGUUGAUCCCAUCAUUGAUCAAGGUCCAGCUAAAAGAAUGAAAUUUUGAGGUAAAGCAGCCUUUCCUUCAUUUUAGUGGAGUAUUCGGAAACAUGUACAAUCUUACAGUCAAUAACAUAACGAGAAAGUUUCACUUAACACUCAGCUAAUCUCCAUUUUUCCUUGUAACUCUAUGACGAUUCUGUUAAUUUUCUCUCAGUAUAUGUAAAAAUAUAUCCAUUAAUCCGCCACUAGAAUGUAAUUUAUUUCUGUGCAAGAAUAUGCGUUUAAAAUAUGAUAAUUAG